GUUCGUUCAAUUUUAUAUUUAUUUUUACUUUUUGUAGUUUUUGGUAUUUUUUCGUUGGAAAGUAAUUACUAAUUAUUCUUAACAUCUGCCAUCAUUUUACAUCACCAACCAUUCAGAAUUUAAAAUAAUUCCAAAACACAAAUUUCCAUAGUCGCCGGCUAGGAUUCGAACUGGGAACCUCCUGCAUAGCUAUCCAUGCAUCGAACCUCCACACCAAAUGACCAAUUGAAAAAGCCUACGAAAUUAGUCCCUGGUUGUGUCAACAUCAACAAAUACGAACUUUGUCCGCAACAGCACGAUGCUCGACUUGCUAUGAGUGGAAGAGAGAGGGCAAAUAAGAACAAUUCUAUGCAAUGAAGUAAAACUUAAGUUACAGCAUGAUGAUAAUUUAAUUUUAUUAUAAUUCAAAUUAAUUCAAAUAAUAUUUUUUAUAACUAUAAGUUUUUCGAUACAUUUCAUUACUUUUUGUAUUAAGAAAAACAACUUGUAAGGGUACUGAGGGUAGAUAGACAUUUCCGUCUUAUUCGAGUCUUUACUAAUUACCUACCUUACAAUUCACGUAUAACUCAUUCAGUUCAUUUCUGUGUCUGGGUAUCCUGUUCUUUGCUUUCUUUGUGCCUUUUUUUAUUUAACUAUGAGUUCGCAUAAUAAUAUUGACGUAGUCAAAAGAUCGCAAAUAAUUGCGUUGCACGAAGAAGGGAGAAACAUUUCAGAGAUAGCUAGAGAAACCGGUGUGAAUUGGAAAACUGCUAGUUUGUGGAUACAACGUUUCCAAAUGGAAGGGUCGCUGUCACACCGCCAGAGGUCUGGCAGACCGAGCCUUAUAGACCCCUCACAACGUCAGCUUAUGGUGAGGGAAUAUGAGGAAAAUGGUUUCAAACCGACAAGCCACUAUGCCCGUUUAUUUGGCACCUGUGCGGACACGCUUAGUGGAUUUACAGUGCGUGCAGCAUCGGAUUGGCGUCCUUUUACUCGGGACUGUACAAACAGAGGCUGGGACGUGACGAGCCUACUGCUCACCGAGACAGCUAGCGCGCUCAACAUCCAGUGGCAAAAGGCGGUCCAGGUGGAGUUUGAAGACUUUGAAGCAGCAAUGUUACCCAAGAGUAAGAACAAGUCACCAUGUAUUUGGAAUGUAGAACAGACUAAUACAAUAGAAGCGUGUCUGGAUAUUUGUGAACACAUUGGGCGCUCAGAUAUAUUGAGUGUAGUGGUGUCGCAAUAUCGGGCGCGGCUAAACGCUCGGCUCACGGCCGCCCGCCGCCCACUCGCCGCUUAA